GGAACGAGAUUCUAAGUAUAUCGCCCUUGACGAGACCCUGCAGGAGGCGGCCCCCCAUAGGAGAGGUCGCUCGCCUCCCCCUAAGAGGAAGCGUGAUUCCUCACCUCCAAGAAGAGCAGAUUCACCGCGAGCUAGCGAGUGCCCACGUGGUCGUUCGCCGCCGCCCUAAGAUAAGGGAGGUCAUCGAGAUGCCCGUCGGGAAGGAGUUGAACCCAAAGCAGAACGUCCUUUAACUCCCCUCACGGAACCACGUAAAACUAUUUUGCAAAUCAUCCAAGAGAAGAAAAUCCCGAUUGUGUGGCCAGCUCCAAUGACCAAGGAACCACGAAAAGGGAAGAACAAGCAUUGCGAUUUCCACCGAGGUCAUGGUCACAAUACAGAGUGUUUUUGGAAUCUAAAGAAUUCCAUAGAAGAUCUUGUUCAAGAAGGACAUCUCAAGAAAUACGUUGAAGGCUCAACAGAAUGCUCCCGAGAGCUCCCGCCCACCGAUCGAGGCAAAACUCUUCAGAGAACCGUUGCUCGUGAGGUCGUCGAGGUCAUCCAUGGAGGAGCCGGCCUCGGCGGUAUGCAAGCGAAAUCUCCGACGAACGCCCAGGCCAUGGUGGGCUCCACCUCAGCAACAACAGCCACUCCUCCAAUCUCAUUUGACUCCCAUGAUUUAGAAGGAGUUGCGCACCCACACGAUGACCCAUUGGUAAUAAAGGCAAUAAUAGCUGAUUACGAGGCAAGAGAAUCUUGGUGGAUGGGGGAAGCUCGGAGGACCUACUCUUCUACCCUGCCUACUUAUCCUUGGGAUACCGCUGAACAGUGUCGGUCGGCAGAGAUCUGGUUGACGGGGUUCUCCGGAUCCUAGGUACCCGUGAUCGGGACCCUACCACUUCGUGUUCAGAUUGGG